AUGAAAGCCACCUUCUGGCAAGCAGCUAGACGGCUUCACACCGCUCAGCGCAGCUUGUGUGCUACAACUGUGGGUGAGGUUCUUGGCGAUGCCACGGACGCACUCCGAGCAGCUGUGCAGUCUGAGAUCGCCUCUCAUGCUGCUUGCAUCAACAACCUGACCAUCUUCCAGAAGCCCAAGAACAGCCCGUUUCCGGUGCAGAAAAUCUCCGGCCUUGACUCCAAACGGCGCGAUGCCACGGGCUUGAGGCGCUUCGAGCCCUGUCCGGAAGGCUACACCUUCGUGGAUGCGGAUAUUGGCGGCGGGGCAUUUGCACGUGUCUUCCUGGUCAGGAAUGAGGCCACGGCGGACCUGCAGGCCAUGAAGCGAGUCGACCGGCAGAAGCUAGCAAAGCACUUCCAGAUAUCGGAUGCCGAAGCUGAGCAGAUGGUCGAGCAGGAGUUCUGGCAGAUGCAGCGUACCAACCACCCGAACAUCAUCAAGUUGUUUGACUUCUUUCAAGACGAGAGAUAUGCAUACUUUGUCAUGGAGGCCGUGAACGGUGGCACCCUUCGCCAGCUUCUCAACAGCCUCAAGACACCGAUGGGAGAACGGCCAAAGCUGACCGAAGGCUUCAUAGCUGAGAUGCUGCAGCAUGCCCUGUAUGCUCUGAGACACUUGCACUACGAAUCCAGAAUCCAUAAGGAUGUGAAGCUUGAGAACCUGAUGCUGCUGAGUUCUUCGGGCCCUCCACACCUGGUGCUGAUCGACCUCGGCGUGGCAGAGUCGUUUCAGUCUGCUUCAGGCAUCAUGGGACAUGGGUGGCAGUUCGGUCUGAAGAUCGGCUUUGACUCGCUAACAUGCUACUUUCGAGUCGGUUUCGAUGACCGUUGUGAUGUGUUCAGCUUGGGCAUUGUUGCGCACCAACUCUUCACCGGCGACGUUCCGUACAAAGUCGCUUACCGAGGCGGGGCUUCGUACGGGCCGGUUGACUACUCGCAGACUCUUGCCAAUAUGGACUGCAACCUGACGGCCCGAAUGGUAUCUGCCGGCUGCUCUGGUGGCGCAAUAGCGCUUGUGAGCCGCAUGCUGGAGAAGGACCCUUCGAAGCGGCCGUCCACACUGGAUUGCUUGGGCGAUGACUGGCUGGUACAGAAGUGCGAGAAUCGCCGGCUCCGCCGCCUUCGAGCCGAGGGCCGACACUCGCUGGGCGGGGCAGCACUUUCCAUUGAGGAGGAAGAAGCUGCAGGAGCUGAGCUCUUGCGAUUGGAGAGGCGGCGCAUCUGCAAAGCCCUGGUUCGCUUUGCCAAGCGGACACCUCUUCAAAGAGCUGUUGCCUUUCACUUGGCUUCAUACCUGCCGGUAGGCGAUCUCCGGAGGGCAGCCGAGAGCUUCAAACGUGUUGAUCACGAGCAGAGCGGUCACCUGACAUACGGCGAGAUUGCAGAUGCGCUGGAGGAGGUGCUCGGCCUUGAACGUGAGCACGGACUGCGUGUUGCGUCCGCCAUGGACACAGACCAGUCUGGACAGUUAGAUUUCCAAGAAUUCUCCGCUGCCGUCGCCGUGCUUAAAGGUGAAAGGGAGCAGCGCUUGUACGACAAGCUGCUGGAAAGGCUGCAGAUUGACCCGGAGAAGGAUUUGACACUACAGGAGGUCCAUUCCGCAGUGGAGCACGCGCUGAGAGGCCCCGUGACCCGGGAGGUGCUUAUCGAGUGGUUGACGAAAGUGGCAAAAAGAUCUCAUUGGGAUAUCUACAAUGCCCCGGUAGCCGGAAUGGUUUCGAAUGCGGACUUUCGACGGCUUUUUGGCCAAUCCAGGGUCUAG